UGCCCUCGUCGCGCCAAAAGCGUGCGACUCCGGCGGAAAUCAGACGGUUAGAGGCAGGCAUUGCGAAGUACCUGAGGAGAAGCUGAGAGCCGGCCGGAGACGGAGCCGCGCGCUUCCUGCCUGUCGCUCUAUAUGGUGCGGCGCCUGCGAACGUUAGCCCGACCCGCGCAAAAAAAGGAAGAAGUGACGCAGAUGCGAUCGCAGAGGCGGCUGACUUGUCCGAGCUGCCCGGCACCGCUAUGAACCCGGAGGAGCAGACCGUCACAUGGCUCAUCUCCCUGGGGGUAUUAAACUCUCCCAAGAAAACCAUCUGCGACCCAGAGGACUUCUUAAAAUGCAGCCUCAGGGACGGCGCUGUGCUCUGCAGGCUGAUGAACCGGCUGCUCCCGGGAUCAGUGGAUAAGUUUUUUCCGGAGCCCAAGAGUGAAGCGGAGUGCCUAGAAAACAUCCGGGAUUUUCUGAAGGCAUGCACCAGUCUGCGGGUGGAGCUGUUCGACGCGAGCGAUCUCUACGCCGGUGAAAAUUUCUCAAAAGUCCUGAGCACUCUUUCCGCCAUCAACAGAGCCACCGAAGAUCAGGCGUCGGGGAGACCAUGCUCCCUUACAUUAUCACAAUCUCAUAGCUUUGCAGCCUGCACUCCUGUUAGUUCCCAAGGAACAGAUUGUUCUACGAGAGUAUUGAAGAGACAAUCAAAAGCUCUGGAUAUGACAGGGAAUGGCAGCUGUCAGUUAAUUGUGAAAGCGCGGUUUAAUUUCAAGCAGCAAAAUGAGGACGAGCUCUCGUUCUGUAAAGGGGACACUAUCCACGUCACCAGGGUGGAGGACGGAGGCUGGUGGGAAGGCACGCUCGGUGGCAAAAGUGGCUGGUUCCCCAGUAACUACGUGAAAGAGGUGAAGCCCAAUGACAAACCUCUGUCUCCGAAAGCCCUGAAAGCGAGUGAAACGGGUCAGCUGACGAAGAAUUAUUACACUUCAGUGUUGCAGAAUAUUCUGGAAACUGAAAGAAGUUUCUCCAAAGAACUUCAGUUAUUGCUGUCCACUUACCUCAGGCCUCUUCAGUCCUAUGACAAAAUCAGCUCUGGGGACAUCCUUUUACUUCUUGGAAACUUUGAAGAGAUAUGCACAUUUCAGCAAACACUGUGUCAGGCGUUGGAAGAAUGUGCAAAGCUGCCAGAAAACCAACAGAAAGUUGGAAGCUGUUUCCUGACUCUUUUCAAUCAGUUUAAGUCUUUGUACCUCGCCUAUUGUACUAAUCACCCCAUGGCUGUCAAUGUCCUUACACAGCACAGUGAUGAGCUGGAGAAAUUUAUGGAGUCCCAAGGAGCUGCAAACUCAGGCAUUCUGAUGCUUACAACAAGCCUUAGCAAACCGUUCAUCAGGCUGGACAAAUAUGUCACCCUCCUUCAAGAACUAGAAAGACACAUGGAGGAAGCACACCCGGAUCACAAAGAUGUUCUAAGAGCCAUGGCAUCCUUUAAAGCUCUUGUGGCCCAAUGUCAGGAUGUGCGGAAAAGGAAGCAGCUGGAAUUGCAGAUCCUCUCAGAACCCAUUCAGAGCUGGGAAGGAGAUGACAUUAAAACACUGGGAAAUGUUGCGUACAUGUCACAGGUUCUCGUUCAGUGUGGAGCAAGUGAGGAAAAAGAAGAGCGAUAUUUUAUGCUGUUUCCAAGUUCAAUUUUAAUGCUCUCUGCUAGUCCUCGAAUGAGUGGCUUUCUAUAUCAGGGGAAAUUACCUUUGACUGGAAUGUCAGCAGUUAAAAUUGAGGACAAUGACAUCAAUAAUCACGCGUUUGAAAUUUCAGGUCACAUGAUAGAACGCAUCGUGGUGCACUGUAACAGCAGUCAGGACUGUCAAGAAUGGCUGGACCAUCUUCACCGUCUGACUAAAACGUUUGGGUCCCAUGCUACCCUGUGUAAAACGCAGUCUUGGACGGGUCAUUCGAUUUCAGAGCGAAAACAAGCGGCACCUUCUCACCAUUCAUUUUCAAUGCUUCCCCGAGGGCCUUUGGAACCAGCCAAAAUCUACAAAACCUGGACUUUGAGUUGCUUAAGGCCUGCCCCCCCACUCCGUCCAUCAGCAGCAUUGUGUUACAAAGAGAGGAUGUCUUAUAUCUAUAAGGAAUCCAGCAAAAGCCCCAAACCAGUGAAGAAAUUUCUUCAAAAACGGAAAACUGAAAGAAAGCCUUCUGAUGAAGACUCUGGUUUCAGGAAAAGCACUAUUGCCUUAGAAGAAGAUGCACAGAUUCUAAAAGUAAUCGAAGCAUACUGCACAGGUGCCGGCUUCCAGCAAAAUCUCACUUCGGGGCCUCGCAAAGAUUCAGCUCCACAAGUUCUGCUUCUAGAAGAGGAGAAUCAUAUGAUUGAGGAGAUGAGAAGCAAUGGCCAAACUGCUACAGAAGACAAAAGCCUUGUAGAUACAGUCUACGCAUUGAGAGAUGAGGUCAAAGAAUUAAAACAGGAGAAUAAAAGAAUGAAGCAAAGCUUAGACGAAGAACAGAAGUCAAGAAAGGACCUGGAAAAACUGGUCUGGAAGAUACUGAAGCAAACAAGCGAGGGGGCGCGGGACGAGCAACCACAUUAACGCACCGUCCCUGGAUGACUUGAGUAUGGUGGAUAAGGCGAUGCAUGCCUAACAGGAGUCUUGUAAGGCAGGGGUUGGUUUACUUGUCCUUCAGCGGUGGUUCUGCAAGCAUGUAAUCUUAUAUAUGAACGCGAUCAUGGUCGCGGUAAUAUUUGCUGUAUGUUUACACACUGUAUGUGUGGGUUUUUGUUAUUUUUUUUAUAUAUAUAUAUCUUUCUGGUACUGAAAGUUUAAAAUGAGCCAUGAAUAAUGUAUAGUAUUGAGAAAUAAACUGCAUUUUAAGGUUCAAUUCACAGCACAACUAAUAGAUGUGAGAAUUGGAUGAGGUAUAGCUUGCAACAAGAUGCACUGCCAUGGAAAAAUACAUUUCUUUUGUUCAUCUUUUUUCAAGACUUUGCUUCUGCCAAGACUUUGCUUUUACGUUGAACGUAAUCACCGAUCAGUUAAUAAUAUGUUGUUAAUCCUCAUAUGAAUGGCUUACAUCUAUAACUGUGCCAUACCAUAUGCUGCAGGAUAAAAGCUCACCCCAUUUUCCCCCAGGUCAUCAAUGUGAAUGAGCAGCUCGACCAUCCCCCUGGUCAUAUCCCUUCCUUAAAAACAUUGCAUCAAUAGAAGUAGUGGGGAGGGAGUGCAUGAUUGUAGGAAAGCCUCUGGAUGCUGGGCCCAUAUACAACAGUACCCCCUGACCCGCACAUGACUUAUGUCCAAUGCAUCUUGAGUUGGUUUUUAUGACAUCAUAAAUUUGCGCACCACCAGUAGGCUCCCCCUCACUCUUUUUCAAGAGACACGGUGAAAGGUGUUUUCACUUUUAAGCCAAACUUAUGCUAUUCUAAUCAGGCCUGUACUUUACUUUAUAGAAGAUGGGCCUUGCUUCAAAGAUUAGAUCUAUUGAACUUAAUAGAUUUUGCUACAAUUCAAUACCUUUGUAGUGAACGUCUGUUGAU